AUGAUCCAUGUUCCAGUCGUCGAGCGAGAUCUUCCGACUUUGACAACAUCGAGUUCCGGAUCCAGCUCUAAUACGUCGUACCCGACCCCCAGCAUCACUCCUCCUUCCAUCAAAGGCAACCCGUUCAUAUGGUCUUCUGACAAACCGUCAGGAACCAUCUUUAUUGCUGUAGGAUCCAUUGUGGGCUUCAUUCUGAUAGCUAUUAUUCUGGCGUAUUUCAUCUCGGCUUACAUUUCCCAGAGACAGACAGAAAAACAGCGUUACGAUGCCGUGGACCACGAAUUCAACUCGCAUGUCAAUGGCGACGGUGGCUUUUACGAAACCGAGAAGUCUCAGUUCAUUGCUAAGAAUCCACCACAAAACUCUAAAAACAGCGUUAUUCGUCUGCUAGACGCUCAGGAACCAGGAAGAGCAUCUCCCAUCCUGACAAACCAAGCCUCGAACAGCUCAUUAGCACAAGAAUUCUACUCCUCGAUCCAAGAUCAAAAUGCUGCUCAGAACAGGAAAUCCUUGUUCAUAUCUCCCACGGUAGAGGUCAUCAAUCAGCAACGUAAGAGCAUGCUGAUGCAGAACAUGAACACUUCAUCCUCUUCUUUAUUAUCUGAGUCAAGCCCCGAGCUCAACAAACCAGAAAGAGCAGCAUCUCCAGACAGGAAGAAAGGACAUCAAUCAAGAUCAAAAUCAAAUCUGAGCUUUAACGUUACGUCGGCAAAUAGCAAGAGUACUUCUCCUGACAGUGCCGCCUUACGCGAAACUCCAGUACAAAGACCAAAAGCUCCGUCAAUGUAUUUGGAAAAAAUGCUCGAGGACAACUAA